AGAGAGAGAGAAAGAAGCCAAAUUCCCAAGCACCGAAACCAUGAGAGUUCACUAUCCCACUCACCUCCGAUCCAAGUCCGGCAUUGACGACGACCCGGACCCGACCCGGACCAUAAUGUCGGGGCCGGGCAUGACCGUCGGCGGCCCGCUACGGAAGAAAGGCAUGGGAGUACGGCCAUGGCUGCUCCUCGAUUCGAACGGACAAGCUCAGGUGGUGGAGGUCGGAAAGCACGCCAUCAUGCGCCGGACGGGUCUACCCGCCCGCGACCUCCGGAUCCUCGACCCGCUGCUCUCGUACCCGUCGACGGUUCUUGGUCGGGAGAGAGCGAUCGUCAUUAACCUGGAGCACAUCAAGGCCAUCAUUACUGCGCAGGAGGUUCUCUUGUUGAAUUCAAGAGACCCGUCGGUGAUUCCCUUCAUCGAUGAGCUUCAGCGCCGGCUCUCUCGCCAUAGCCAAGCCACCAAGGCCAUGAAAGCCCAGGAGGGGAAUGGCGAAGAAUCGAAAUGGUGCGACUUGGAAGAGGCAGAGGCACAUUUGAGAGGUGUUGGUGCUGGGGGAACUCAGGGAGGUGAAGGGACUGGGAAGCAAGGUCAGGAGGAGAAUCGCGAAGGAUUGAAGGUACUUCCUUUCGAGUUUGUGGCAUUGGAGACAUGCCUCGAAGCUGCUUGCAGUUGCUUAGAGAAUGAAGCAAGGACAUUGGAGCUAGAAGCUCACCCGGCUUUGGAUAAGCUCACGUCGAAGAUCAGUACACUCAAUUUGGAACGCGUCCGUCAGAUCAAGAGUCGCUUGGUGGCUAUUACCGGUCGUGUUCAGAAGGUGAGGGAUGAACUAGAACACUUGCUAGAUGAUGAUGAUGAUAUGGCUGAAAUGUAUUUAACUGAAAAGUUACAACUUGAAUAUUCUACUACCUCAUCUUUGACUGAGAGAGAUGAUAUGAAUGAUGAAGCUCCACAAACAGAUAUAGAUGACAGGAAUCUUGCUGAAAUAUCACUGGAUGCUACUGGGGAAUCCUUGAAUUUUGAAGGCGAUCAUCGAAACACUGAUAACCCCCCGCAUGAAUCCCUUGACACCCAUGGCACUCAUAGUAGCAGCACUCAUAGUGUUACAGGCAAGACCCUUGAUGUGGAGGAGCUUGAAAUGCUAUUGGAGGCAUAUUUUGUGCAAAUUGAUGGUACACUAAACAAGUUAUCCACGCUGAGGGAGUAUGUCGAUGACACAGAGGAUUACAUCAACAUAAUGUUGGAUGACAAACAGAACCAUCUCCUGCAAAUGGGGGUUAUGUUGACAACAGCAACCCUGGUAGUGAGUGCCUUUGUUGUUGUGGCUGGUAUUUUUGGCAUGAAUAUCAAAAUUGAGCUGUUUGAUCCCAAUAAAGCAGGAAUGCAAGAUUGGCUCUGGACUAUUGGUGGCAGCACUAUAGGCUCCGUAGUCUUGUAUAUAAUUGCCAUUGGUUGGUGCAAGCAUAAACGCUUGCUGGAGUAAUGAAGGUUGGGUCAGGGGCGCUUUAUAAUUAGGAAAGGUGCUCAACAUAUGUUGUUGUUGUGGUAGACAUCCUCUAUAUAGAUAGACAUGAUUCUAUACAGCUUACUUCCCCAUAAUGCAAACACGCAUGGAAUAAAGAUCAGCACUGGCACUGUUCUUCAGUUUUUAACAGAGUAACUUCUCUGUGGUGAUAGAGAAAUCCCUGGUCGUUAGCUGGAGCACUAGUCAAGGAAUUAGUAGCUGUGCAUGUGAACUGAGGACACGUUUGAGGGAAGCUUUGAUGACCUGAAUCAGCUGAACUGAACUGGCAACCUACGGUCUAAAUAGACAAAUUAGAUGCAGCAUACUUGGUUGCUGAAAUCAACUGUGUCGAGUUUGCGUGUCUUUUAUAAUGCGUUAUAAAAGUAUAUAGUAUGUACUUUUACUGGUGUGAUUAUAUGUGUAUUACUUUUCAAAUCACAGUCCAUUAUAUGUAUAUGUACUUUUCAGAUCACAUUGUAUGUGUAUGCACCUGAACUUGAGAUAUGGUAAAUGUGGCUGAAGUUCUUUCUUCCUUUCUA